ACAAUUUCCUACUCAUGUAGUAGUAGUAGUAUUUAUGACCACAUCUUCACAAUGACAUGAAGACAUAUCAACAAAAGCUCUGUGUGCUAAUUUGGCUAAAUGUGCAAGCAACUUGCUCAAUGCUCUGCUGAUAGUGAUAUAUGAUCUUCUGUAUUAUAGUAAUUCAUAUUUUAUUUUGAAAGUUGUUCACCGGAAGUGGAGGUGUUUGUUUGACUAGCAUGUCACCGGUCAAGUGAGCAGACAGAAAACCACGCUGAGGGAAUUUUGUAGAAGUACAGAAUGGAGGUAUCAAGGAGAAGAGUCCUCCAAAAACACCUGGAGCCAGCGAGACCCCUGCGCCGCUGCCUUCAUGUUGACAUUGAGCCCAAUAUGAAUACUGCUACAUGUGCACAGGCACUGAUGGAGGAGGUGGAUCAAGAGACAAAUGUUGGCAUAGAGCAGUUCUACAAGAUUGUCAACCUGCACAAACAGAAAGAAGGCAGAAUAUCUUACUCGAGAGAUUUUUUAAUUGGUCUGGCGAGUUGUCCUCAGGCCAGGAAGAAGCCGGAAUUCUUGCCAGAGCACCCGAUAGUCCUAAGCGAGGCAAGAGAUCUUGGCGAUCUAAGGCUUCAUGAAAUGAGGUUGAAUGGAGGAAAAGAAGAAACGAUGGCAGAAAGGCUUCCCUCACCCUAAGACAUUUGCACAGGUGUUCCCUACCCCAAAGAGUGUUUGUUUCUGUUUGUUUUUUUUUCUUACUGCUUUCUGAGUGAAUUUAAUUUAACUUGUGAUAUUUUAAUUUGCAUGUUUAUUAUUUUGAUGACCGUUUGAGGUGAAGUUGCACAAAGUCAUAACACUGAACACCACUUUACUUUGAGUGUUGCAUUUUGCUUAUAUUUCCUGCUGUGUACAAUUUUGGCUGUAGUGAAGUAUUUAUAUUUUGUAAAAAAGUUCUAAACAUAAGAUAUUAAUGGCUACUUUUCAGCUGUGGUGCUAAUGUUUCGUUUAAAGGAACGAGAAAGAAAAAAAAAAAAGCCAUUUAACUCAGACUCAUCACCACUCAUCACAUUAGAGUCAACAAAAACAAACCAUACCUGAAGUGACAGUGAUGUUCGUCAUCUGCUGUAUUAGUUGGGAUUACAUCAAAAUUGUGGAUUAACAUGAUUUGGUAAACAUGUUGACCUGUCUCAUAAAGGAGUGUUUGGCUAAAA